AUGGCAGUCACAGAGAUAUCGACGCCCCCAGCUACGGCUACCUCCCCGGCCAGAGCGGACGAUAACAUUGAGAAGCAUGCCGCGGCCGAUAAUGUAGAUGCAGACUUCUCUGAUGACGGCAAGCUCGAUGACGGUGCCGAGCGGAAACAAGCAGGUGUUCGACAGGUGGAGGCUAUUACGACGGUGUGGUCGAAACAAAUGCUAGUCGUCAUGUUUAUACUGCUCUACAUUGUCUCGUUCUGCGACAGUCUCCUGCAAGGCGUCCAAGGAAACCUCUCACCAUACGUGACCUCGGAAUUCUCACAGCACGGCCUCUUGGCCACCACCGGCAUCGUCGCUUCGAUCCUGGGAGGAGUGUCCAGCCUCGCCAUCGCCAAGAUCAUCGACAUCUGGGGCCGCGUCGAAGGCUUUCUCGCCAUGUUGCUCCUCAUGGUCGUCGGCAUUGUCAUGAAAGCAGCCUGUCAAAAUGUCCAGACCUAUGCGGCGGCCCACACCCUGUACUGGGUCGGCCACCUCGGAUUGAUCUACGUCAUUUCCAUCAUUUUGGCCGACACCACGACCUUGAAGAAUCGUGCCAUCAUCUACGGUCUCAAUUAUACCCCUACGAUCGCGACGAAUUUCGCGGGUCCCAGGAUCGCCGACUUGUUCUAUACUAAUGUCAACUUCCGAUGGGCUUUUGGCGCUUUCUGUAUCAUUUUGGUCGCCUUCUGCGCCCCCGUAGCCGUUAUCUUUAUCCUCAGUAAGCGCAAGGCGGUCAAGCAGGGAAUCUACCCGGUCAAGACAGAAAGCCGAACUGUCUGGGAAUCUUGCAAAUACUACUUUGUCCAGUUUGAUGGUAUGUCGCACACCCUUGAAAACCUACAGCUCGCAAUCUUUAGUAAUGAGGAGACGCUGACCAAUAACCAUAUUCUAGUCGUCGGCAUGUUUCUGACCGUUGUUGGGUGGUCGCUCCUCCUCUUGCCCUUUAACCUCGUGUACACUGCUCCCAAAGGCUGGGAGACUGGCUAUAUCAUCGCCAUGAUCGUGCUCGGAGUUCUCUGCCUGGCGGCAUUUUUCGUGUGGGAAAAGUACUUCGCCACUGUCGCGUAUCUGCCGUUCAGGUUUCUGAAAGACCGCACAAUCAUCGGCGCUUGCCUCCUCUACGGAAUCAUGUUCCUCUCAAUCUUUUGCUGGGAUACUUAUUACGGAUCCUACUUGCAGGUCGUCCACGGCCUCGACAUCACCAUAUCGGGCUACGUGCUGAACUCGUUCUCCCUGACGUCUGCCUUCUUCAUGCCACUGACGGGGCUUCUGAUCCGGUGGGACGGACGCUACAAAGUGGUGUCGUACACGGGGAUCCCGUUCUGCGUGCUGGGCACGGCAUUGCUCAUCCACUUCCGAACACCCAGCUCGUCGGUCGGCUACCUGGUCAUGUGUCAGAUGUUCAACGGCAUCUCCAGCGGCGUGUGGGUGACGACGGGCCAGCUGGCCGUGCAGGCGUCCGUCAGCCACCAGGAGCUCGCCGUCGCGACCGCCAUCUUCUCCAUGUUCGGCUCCAUCGGCGCCGCCAUUGGCAUGGCCAUCGCCGGCUCCCUGUGGACAAACACCCUGCCCACACAGCUGUACAACCGCCUCCCUGCGGAUGCUAAGGACCUCGCCGCCGAGAUCUAUGGUUCCAUCAUCGUCCAGCAGUCUUACCCCUUGGGCAGUCCCGUCAGAGACGCCAUCAUUGCCGCGUAUGCUGAUGUCCAGCGCAAGAUGGUCAUUGCCGGUGCGGCGUUUAUUCCUCUGUUGGUCAUUUGCAUCAUGGUGUGGAGGAACGUCAACGUCAAGAAACUCGAGGCCAUUAAUGGGAACCAGGUCAAGGGUACUGUCUGGUAG